AUGGCAAACUUUGAACUCUUCUCCAUUGAUUGUAGUGCUAUCUCUGACUUGUUAUAUUUAGUUGGGGUGUGGGGUGGAAAAAGAAAACACUUUGGUGGAUUUCAUUUGUUUUGGUUUGUGUUUUACUUAUUUGUGGCCAAAUGGUUAGUUUCUCGGAGGCAAAAUGCUCUGUUCCGCGAGUUCAUUCAUUUAAAUUUUCGACAGCAUCGUCUCUCUGUUAUGCGAGUCAGCUUUAUGGUUUUGAAUUAUUUGAAGAAUGUCUAUUUUUACUCUAGCACUGGAGAAGAAAUACUGUUUGACAUUAAUGGAGAUGCAGUUGCUUUAUUUGAUGUUAUCAAUGUGCAGAUAUUUCCUCAUGGAGACUUCAAGUUAGUAAAAGUGGGAAAAAUAGACAUGAGGGCUUACCAAAACAAAAUCACAAUCGAUGUGAACAACAUCUUGUGGAAUGGCAACUAUAUUCAGAUACCCUCAUCAGUCUGCAGUGAAAGUUGCAUGCUGGGAUAUAGAAAAAUAAUCCGAAAGGGUCAACCCAUAUGUUGUUUUGACUGUGUUCCAUGUUCCCAAGGUGAAAUUGCUAACACAACAGGCAAGUGCUGUUUGAAGUGUCCAGAAGAUCACUGGUCAAACAGACAGCAGGAUCAGUGCAUCCAGAAAUCUAUUGAGUUCCUUGCAUAUGAUGAUUUCUUGGGUGGCUCUUUGGCAGUUGCUGCAAUAUUGUGUUUUUUUAUUACUGCUUCUGUUUUGCUCAUUUUUAUUAAGCAUCGUGAUACCCCUAUAGUGAAAGCAAACAACAGUGGACUCAGUUUUCUGUUACUAGUGACACUUAAACUUUGCUUCCUCUGGUCACUGACAUUCAUUGGUGCCCCAGUGAAGCUAGCAUGCGUUAUCCGACAGACUAUAUUUGGAAUCAUUUUCUCAGUCAGUAUUUCCUGUAUUCUUGCAAAGACCAUAACUGUCGUCAUUGCCUUCAAAGCAACAGAUCCAAACAGUAAACUACGAAAAUGGGUUGGAUCUGUUCUUCCAGCUUACACUAUCCUGUUCUGCUCUGCAGUGCAACUCAUUCUGUGUACUGUUUGGUUAAUGGAUGCUCCACCUUUUCCAGAACAAAACACAAAGUCAUCAGUGUAUAAAAUUAUAAUCGAGUGCAAUGAAGGCAAGAAGGAAUAUUUUUAUUUGUUGCUUGGUUACAUGGGGAGCUUAGCCAGCAUAUGUUUUGUAGUUGCUUACCUUGCUAGAAAGUUACCUGAUAGCUUUAAUGAAGCCAGGCAUAUUACAUUUAGCAUGCUUGUUUUUCUUUCUGUUUGGUUGUCAUUCAUCCCAGCAUAUGUUAGCACUGAAGGCAAAUACACAGUGGCAGUAGAAAUUUUUGCAAUUUUAACUUCUAGUCUCGGAAUGCUUAGUUGCAUAUUUUUUGGAAAGUGUUAUAUUAUAUUGCUAAGGCCUGAAGCUAACACCAAAAAACAUCUGAUGGGGAAGAAAGGGUAA